AGGAGGUGGUUAGAAAAAAACAUGGCUGCAGUAUAACUCGAGCUGACAGUCUAAGAAAAUAAAGUAAAAUAAAACGAUGUAAAUGAGUGAUGGUGUUUGUGUACUGAGUAGUGCUUAAUAAGAAAAAUUGUUCGGCUUUGUUAUCAAGUGAAUUGAUGUGAAUACAAUGUGGAAGUGAGUACAGUGCAAUUAGUGUUCCAAUGACCACCUGGCUCUAUGUCUUCUGUCAACCGGGCCUUAUCAUUUAAAAUAUGAUGGGCAUUGUUUAUUUUAUAUCAGUUAAUUCAAGGACUAUCGCGUUGAAUUGACUUGACGAACUCAACGGAUGCCUCCGUUGGUGGAGCACUUCCAGCUGAGGUCCAUGGAACCGCCCCGCAAUGGAGACAUGGUCAGCUCGGUUCACGUCAGCGAGCGAGAGCGAGUGCACCCCAGGGCGCCUCCGCACCCUCUCACUCCCUACCUCCGGACAGCGCUCUACGACUACGACGCCCAGGGCGAGGACGAGCUGUCCCUCAGGAAGGGCCAGAUCGUGGAGGUCCUCUCUGAGGACGCCAAGAUAUCCGGCGACGAGGGAUGGUGGACGGGCAAGAUCGGCGACAAGGUGGGGAUAUUCCCUUCGAACUUCGUCGCCCACCAGGACUUCUCCGACCACGUGAACUCGAUAAUCGCCGACAUCAACCCGGUAAAGAUCGACUUCUCGGAACUGGACCUCGAGGAGGUGAUCGGCGUUGGCGGUUUCGGGAAGGUGUACCGCGGCAUCUGGAAGAACCGGGAGGUGGCGGUGAAGGCGGCGCGGCAGGACCCCGACGCGGACAUCUCGGUGACCCUGGACAACGUGGUCAAGGAGGCCAAGUUGUUCUGUCUGCUGUGCCACGAGAACAUAGUGUCCCUGGAGGGGGUGUGCCUGCAGGAACCGAACCUGUGUUUAGUGUUAGAGUACUGCCGCGGCGGGUCAUUGAAUCGCGUCCUCGCCGGCAGGAAGAUAAGGCCGGAUGUGCUCGUGGACUGGGCGAUACAGAUCGCCAGGGGGAUGGACUAUUUGCAUUGUAGGGCGCCGAUUUCGCUGAUUCAUAGGGACCUGAAGAGCUCUAACGUCGUUGUUUCAGUGUUACUAAGCGAGGAAAUAGAAAACGACGACUUACAGUUCAAGACCUUAAAGAUCACCGAUUUCGGCCUGGCCAGGGAGGUGUACAAGACGACACGGAUGUCGCAAGCGGGCACCUACGCCUGGAUGGCCCCCGAAGUCAUCAAGAACUCCACCUUCUCCAAAGCGAGCGACGUGUGGAGUUACGGCGUUCUGCUGUGGGAGCUGCUCACCGGCGAGACCCCCUACAAGGGCAUCGACACCCUAGCGGUUGCCUACGGGGUAGCCGUCAACAAGCUGACGCUGCCCAUACCCACCACCUGCCCUCAACCCUGGAGGGAGCUCAUGGAGAAAUGCUGGGAGUCAGACCCCCACAGACGGCCAUCCUUCGAACUUAUCCUAGAAGACUUGGACAAUAUCGUUCACUCCUCAUUUACACAAACACCUCACGAAAGUUUUCACAUCAUGCAAGACGACUGGCGGCAGGAGAUCGAGGAAGUCCUGCUGGAACUGCGCAGGAAAGAAAAGGAGUUGCGGUGUCGAGAGGAGGACUUGAACAGAGCCCAGUUGCAGCAGAGGAUGCACGAGGAGCAGUUGCGACAGAAGGAGCAGGAGCUGCAAGCCAGAGAAAUCGAUUUACUCGAACGAGAGCUUGAUUUUAUGAUCAAGCAGCAGACGCCCACGCCACUUAAACGAAAAGGCAAAUUCAAACGAUCUAGGUUAAAAUUACUUAAAAAGGAGCCUGGUACGAACAUCAGCUUCCCAUCGGAUUUUAGGCACACGAUAACAGUUCAACAUACUCUAGACCCCAAAGUUAUUACAUCACCAAAUAGUCCCCCGGGAUCCCCGGCGAUACCAAGGCUUCGCGCAAUAGCACUACCAGCUGACGGAGUGAAGGGGAAAACUUGGGGUCCGAGCACGUGCCAUCAGCGUGAAAGGGGCCAGAUUACCAUGCUCAGGCCUAACCCGAACAGAGGCGCGAUGUGGUCGAAAAGCGCCCCGAACUUGGACAAAACGAGGACGGUGCAGAGCCGGCCAGCGCACGAAAUAGAUUAUGCGCCGCCAGAAGAUUGGGGUCCCGAGUAUCCUAUUCCAGGAGCGAUUCGACAUAAUGUGCCAAUACCUACUUUGUACAGUGCAGACGGACAGAGACUGAAACCAAAGUUCAGCAUAGUGGAAUUAGUUUUGUAUAAUAUAGCAGCUAUGCUAGCAGGUGUAGCAUCAGGAUACGAUGUUCGAUUAUCAAAUGUAUCGCCGUUACAUCCCAGACUUCAACCAAAUAGGCUAGAAAUAACUGAACUACCUGCCUGGAGGCCCGUAGAAAACCAAGAUUACGAAUAUUCCACAACUUCAGGCUACAACCACAAUACCUACCACGGUCCCACCAAACAUUAUCGUCCUAUGUUGACAGGAUCGCAAUUAAUAAAUGUACAGUACGAGGAGAAGAGGCCGUUAAGGUUCACAGAUUCACCGCAGCACCACCCACCCAACCCAUCACCUAGAAGGAAGUCCAGCUCAACUAGUAAUGACGGAUCCGAAUUAUACACCCCGUAUGAACGAAGUGCAACGAUUUACAUCCCCGGUGACUACCAACCUUGCCAGAGUGAAACGGGACAUUGUCUAGGUUGUUGCGUGCGACCUGAGCCUAGUAGUUAUGCUUACAAUCAAUAUCACGACGUCGGCUACGCGGGGUACAGCUCAGAAUACAGCGGUUCAACGACGAUGUAUGGUUAUGGGACUGAUUAUGCAUACGAUAAUCCAAGUAGUAUUAGUAGCCAUAGUGGUUCUAGGACUCCACAAAGGUUACCCGCUCACACCCACAGGCGAACACCUUCCAAUGUUUCAAACGCUAGUUCAACUACCACGAGUGGGUCGAAUGUAAAUCCAAGUUUCCGACUAGAAGAUGAAUACACACCCACGCACUAUUUACCUAGGAGACCUCAGUACGACUAUGAUUAUAACACGAGUUCUUACUCCCGACAGAAUUCGCAGGAUUCUAAUUUCGAAAGGCCCACAACUUUGGAAACGUCCGGUUAUACGAAACUACGUUCUAGCUUGAAACGGAAUAAUUACCAAGCCACGCAAGGGCACUCCGGAGGGAACACCCCCACGAACCCCACACCUCCCGACAGUUUGACGAGCGACGACAGCUCGUACGUUUCGGCAAAAGACAGCAAUAGCAGCGUAAGUAGAGUUAGAUUCUCACCCACCACUCUUAUUGACCUACCUGUACCUGGGCAGCAUCAAGAUCCCACCAUUCCUAUGCAAGCGAGAAGGACAAGGCAGAGGCCGUCCCUCGCUGAAAUGGAAAAGGAGUUCUUAUCAUAACCUUAUUUGUAUUAUAUUAGUUGCAAUGUGGCUUUUGUAAUAUUUUAUAUGUAAAGUCUGGAGUUUUAAAUAUCUGUGUAAACUGAAAAGCAAUAUUUUAUGUUAUACCUUGCAGUACAAAAGGUAAAACGAUUUAUGAGGUAAACUUUUGAAAGAUAUAUAGCCGAGUUAUUGUUUUUCAUUAGUGAUAGCAUGAUUAGUUUGUUAAAAAUUGAUAUGUAAUUGAUCGAAGAAUGUGACCGGUCAUUUUUGGUCAUUUUUAAAUUUCAAAAGUUAUGUUUCCAUUGAAUUGGUCUUGUAAACUAUAGAGCGUUCAAAAAUGAUUAAAAGCCACGCGAGACCGAGCUUAUGCAACCAACAUUGCACGAUUGGUACUGUCAAUGGAAUUGGAAUUAACGAUUCAUUCAUUCAUUCAACCGUUACGGCUCAAGAUAACGCAAUCACAGCCGGUGAAACUGAAUGUUGGAUUUUGUUAUAAUUUUGAUCUUAUUGCUUUAAGGGGUUACACCACUGUAAUGGCCUAAAAACGUGUUUUUGACAAUUUUUUUUUAAUAGAACGAAAGGUAAUAGAAAAAAUUAUUUAAGUAUGUUAUUAGGCAUGUAUUAAGUGUACAGAACAAUUUUUUCUUUAAAAAUUAUUUCAAAAUGGCGGCACUGGAGCCAUUCUCCUUAAGCAUGUCGCAGUCGAGGCGUUCCACGGCACGCACUGGAACUGGUGUUUUUUCAAGGUUUUGACGAAAAAAGGGCAGUUAUUUGUUUAUAACAAUAAUUGUUUAAAUAACUUAUCGAAAAAUCUGUGUGUUUCCCUUCAAAAUGUUGUUUUAAAUAUGUGGUUAAAAUUUCAAAAGAAAAUAUUUAAAAUUGUUGGAGUUAUGAUGCGUGCUUUCAAGUCGAGACAAAUGUGUAAGUUUUAAAAUAAGUUUUAUACAUGAACGUGCACUGAUGCUACACUAACGUACUUUUGUUUCAAAAUUUUGUUUGAAUUGUACAUGCAUACUCCCUAACGACAUCUAUGAGUAUAUUAGAGAAGUUAUAAAUCAAUAGGUAAGAAGGUAUGCGGUACCUUCUGAGCGAGUAUGUUCAUAGCACAGGUAGCCGAAUGAGAGAUGCCCGACAUACGCCAGGAAAAGCACAAAAUUAAAAAAAAAAAUUUUUUCGUGUAUAAAACCUUUUACCUCGUUCUAGAAGGUUCAAACUGCCUUUUAAGCAAAAAAAAACGAUUUUUCUAAAAUUCUACAGUGGUGUAACCCCUUAAUUUUACCGAAAUUUAAAUUACUUGUAAUCAUUUAUGAAAGUUCUGUACAAUGAUACCAAAUAUGUUGCUUUUAAGUAAACAAAACAUAAAACUAAAGUAUAAAUAAUAACUAGCCAAAGACUAUAAAAAAUCUUAGAUCCAGAAAAACAUUGCUGACAAACAAUUUUCUUCCCAUAUAGGUCAUCCAAAACUUUUUGAACAGGAUACAUGAGGAAUGACAUUACACGUACCUAACAAAAUGAAGGGUUAUUUAAAAAUCGGCAAGUGAUUAAGGAAAGUGACCAAUUUUGAUCAUUUUGUUUUUCGUUUCUAAACAGUUUUUGUACUUUUAUUGGAUUUUGCUUCCAUUUUAAUACGAGUAAAUGCAAACUAACAACACUAAAUUAUAUAGUGACCCAAAAUUUGGCCCGUUUCGGCGACCUCACAAAUUCGAUUGGAAAGUGGUCUAAAUAAUAGCUUGUGCUGAUAUUUUAGAGUAGGCAAAAUUUUAAGUUGAGCAUAGUUGUUGUUUUAGAUAUAUGACAAGUAGGGUUGCCAGAUUUCCUGGCUCCGGGUUAACAUGUCAUUUCUCCGGGUUUUCUUUGUUACGGAAAAAAACAUUUCCUGAUUCCUGAACUUUAUAGAUAUUUCCUGAUUGCAUCCUUUUUUUUAGACAUCGAUUUCUUCGAAAACAACAAUUUGUCUCCCUGAUUGCAUUUGCAAAUGCAAUUAUUUUUUACAAAAAUCUUUUAUAACUUUUUUGUUACAAUAUUUUUAGUAAAAUGUAAUGAAAGAUUUGAAAUGAACGGAAAAUUUUACGUUAUAAAUGUUACUGCUUGUAUUUGUUGAGAAUUUUAAGAUAUUGCAAGAGGUCACCGAGAAUGUCGGAUUCGCCUUGGCGUGGAUUAAUCAAAUAACGAGUUCAAUUUGCCAUAUCCUAAAAAUUGAAUGUAUGCUCAACCUAAAAUUUCACUUACAUUAAACUGUCACUAUAAGUUAUCAUUUAGACCACUUUUGAAUUGAAUUCUUGAGGUCGACGAAACGGGCGAAAAAAUUAUACUAUUAAAGUAAAUUAUUUAUUUUAUUUAUAUUUAUUUUAUUUAAAUGAUAGUAACUGGUGAUUUUAAAUAUUUGAUGGUCAUUUUUUAUUGUGACCUAUCGUUUAUAGUUACUGACUUUAGUCAUAGUUUGAUACGUAGGUGCCGUCGCUACAGAUAAUACAGUGUAUAGUUGACUCGUAUCUCUUCACUGUCCUGUUCAAAAUUUCUUUGUUCUCUUGUAUAAUUUAUCGUCUUCAGUAUUCAAAACACAUAUUUUGCAAUUAAUAACAAAAAACUUUGGUCAUUUUAAAUAUUUGCCAUUUUCAAAUGUGAUUGGUCACUGAUUUUGAUAAUUAAUUUUCUCUUGAACUUGAAUAUGUAGCACCGAUAUUAUAUCGUUUUCUGUAAUUUAUACACCUUCACAAUCUCAUAGUACAGGAUUCAAUUAUAUGACAGAAAAAAAGUUUACCCUAAUACUUACUCAGUUUUUUCAGUGCCAUCUAAUAAAAAAAAAAUAAUGUAACACUCCCAUUCCAGAAUAAGAUCAUAAAGAAAAUAUUUUUUUCUUAAACCUCCAUUUUUACUAGUCAUUGUUGUAAUAAAUUGUCGAUUAUUGGUUGAGGUAUAAUUAGUGUAUAAUUUUAUAGGAAUAAUGAAAGCUUAUUACAAAGUUUUGACUGUUAAGGGAUUUCUCAUACCUUUGGAGAGCAAGGCCGAAGUAAUCAAGAAGCCGCCUGCACAAUUUUUUGGGAAAAAUAUAAUAAAAAAUGUAUGAAAAAUAAAAAACUCGCAUAAUUGUCCAAAAUUGACCAAAAAUUAAUUAUCUGAUCUCAAAGUGUCAAGGCUUGGUUUUCGCUAUUCAGUUUCUUUUUUUCUUCAGAAAUAUAACGUGAUGUUUUACCUACUUUCUCUCUUUCUCUUGGGGAAAUAUAGGAAUCUCUAAAUUGUUGAUAUCGAUCCACCCUGUACAGUUAAAUCAGAAGUAUCAAAGAACAUGGUAAUAUAUGUUUUAUAACUAUUAACUUAAGAUUGUUAAACUUACUAUUUUUAGUAGUCCUUUUGAAUCAGGACUAUACUUCCUUAUAUCAUUCCUUGCAUUAGAAGAAAAUUGUAUUAAAAAAAGGUAACUGAGUAAGUAUCAAGUUUUACAUUUUGUAACUUUAGUGGAUAAAUAUAUGGUCAUUGAUGAAUGUAAGACAUAUCCAAACGUUUCCCCCUUUCAGUAGAUUAUCGUGUAGGCUUUCAAGAUGAGGUUUUGAUGAGUUUGGUGACCUUACAAUCAUUUAUGCUCAUGCUGACUUAUUCGUCGACGAUAUUUGAAUAUUUAAUCGUUACUAGUCUAAUUUUAUUAUGUAAGAUAUUAACUCUAAAUUAGAUUUUAAAUUCGGUAUUUAUUUUUUAAUUUCGAAAUUAAUCUGUCGUGGGGGAGAUUACAAGAAAAGCGAGCUCUUUAACAAAGGUAUUUACUAGUCUAGUAUUAUCAGGCCGAAAAAAUUAUUUAAACUAAUUAAUUAUAAAUUGCUGUGUUUACUUGUAUUUUUUAUGUGUAGGCACACUCAGUCCCUUUGUUAAAGUUGUAAUUUCUCACAUUAGAGGAUUCUGCUCAAGCCUUUAUUAAAAUUGUUAAACGUUAA